UUUAUAGAGUAGAAACAUUGCGGGAUCAAUGUGAGACAGUAACGUAUCAUCACCACGCAAUGGGGAUAAUUUAUCAAUUAUUUUAUUGGUGUUUAUUGAUUGUUGUGUUCGGUUUCUCACCUUUUGUCGCUCAGCAACAUCAAGAAACAUCAGAUGCAAUUGUGAUUGAAGCUAAAUUAGAGAGACAACCCAAAAGAAGCGACACUCAGUUUAUUUUAAAAGAAACAGCAUAUCAAUACAAUCCAGGUUUAAUUCCUUCUAACAUUAAUACAGUGCCUCUGGCAACAACAGGCCCUUGUUUUACUGGAAAAGGAGUCCUAGGGAAAUGCACUUCAUUUCGGCAAUGUUAUCCCUACUUCAAAGUUCCAGUAUUAGACAAUUUUGAAAGUUGGAUUUUAGGAAUGUACGAUACUUGCAGUUAUUAUACUGCACAAGGUAGACAGAUGUUUGGGGUCUGCUGCGCCAACCCAGUCAAACCAGCAACUGAAUCGAAUGAAACCUUCAAUAAUGCUCUUACCAACUCAAAUACUACAAUUAAUGAGGCCAUUCCGUAUUACCCACAGUUGACCAACUGGCCGCCACCAAUCCCAACCCAUCCUCCAGAUCAUACAAUUCCGCCGUUGCCGACCCAUCCUCCAUCUCCGGGCUACCCACCUCUGCCAACCCAUCCUCCAUCUCCCGGAUAUCCGACUUUGCCCCCUGUCACCCAAAAGCCGCCAGCAUGGCCACCGGCAAUAACAACCAAGCCUCCAUAUAAACCCACAAGACCCACGACCAAACCGCCAGCGACGCAGGCACCAGCGGUGUCUUCUUGUGGGGCUAAAAAUGGGUACCAAGAUCAAGAACGGAUUGUGGGUGGACAUAACGCGGACGUCGGUGAAUGGCCUUGGAUUGCCGCACUUUUUAACGGAGGAAGACAGUUUUGUGGAGGCUCUUUGAUUGAUAAUAUCCACAUAUUAUCAGCAGCUCAUUGCGUAGCCCACAUGAGUUCUUGGGACGUUGCAAGAUUAACAGUUAGACUGGGAGACCACAAUAUUAAAACCAAUACUGAAAUCAGACAUAUUGAAAAGAGAGUCAAAAGGAUUGUGAGGCACAGGGGCUUCGAUCCUCGGACAUUGUACAACGAUAUUGCUAUUUUGACAUUAGAUAGUCCAGUUCAGUUCUCCCAACAAAUAAGGCCAAUUUGUUUACCAACAGUAGGUAACGAUUUUGCAGGACACACAGGAACGGUUAUAGGAUGGGGAAGUCUCAGGGAAAGUGGACCACAACCUUCUGUAUUACAAGAAGUAAAUAUUCCCAUCUGGAGUAAUAGAGAUUGCAAACUUAAAUAUGGUCCUGCUGCACCAGGAGGAAUUGUGGACCACAUGUUAUGUGCAGGACAAGCUGCCAGAGAUUCUUGCAGUGGUGAUAGCGGAGGUCCUCUGAUGGUUAAUUCUGGAAAGUGGACUCAAGUUGGAAUCGUUUCUUGGGGCAUAGGAUGUGGUAAAGGACAAUAUCCAGGAGUAUACACCCGAGUGGAAAAGUUUUUGCCAUGGAUAAAUAAAAAUUUAAAAUGAUCUGUAUCAAAUAAAUGUUUUUUAAUAAAAA